AUGACCACCAUUGCAGAACUCACACAAUUCUUGGAGCGAUUUGACGGCAACGCCAAACUUGAAGUUGUUCUUCAACAGGAGGAGGCCCGCCCGUUUUUCAAGAAGCUGUAUGCUUCGCUCCAGCCAAUAUUUGGGCAAUCGGAAUCUCCACGCCAGUCAAGGUUUGGCCUAGCCCUAAGGCUGGAGAUAAGAGAGAGGGCAAUGUAUGAACUCAAUUGGCUGAAAUCAAACCAAGCCAUCUUGGAAGUUGCCUUCCGUCCCUUCACCGACACGCGGCUCCACUGGCCCUCGGAGCAGGUGUUUUAUCGAUACCCGGUCACGAUUUCAUACGAUUCACCGAUAUUUGUGUGCGUUCAAAAUGGCGACAUUGGUGGAAUGAGAAAGCUUUUCCAGUCAUGCCAGGUGCCAAUUGACGUGGUGGACCCGUAUGGCCUAGGGCUGCUUCAUACUCAGUACGGUGCAUAUUACUGCUGGCGGAACUGUGGCAUGCAAUCUGCCAUGUCCACAUGCCAAGCUCUCCUGGACGCCGGUGCCAAUCCUGGCUGGACAGAUAAAGAUGGGAAGUAUGUUUCCACUGGUAUCCUCCCAACAGGCUCUGGCUAA